AUGCGGGGUCUCAGCGCGAUACUCUGUUCUUCCCUCCUCGUCCUCUCCACCGCCGCUGCCGCUGGCGUCUCGGCGACGACGUUGGACGGCGCGGAAGCCAAGACGUAUACGCUCUACCACCGUCUUUCCACCACCACCGGCCGCGGAGGCAACGGCAACGGCAACGGCAACGGAGAUUGGACGCCGAGGGCGCGGGUCCACGUUGGUUCGAGUGUGGAGCUCGAGAGUCUGGUCGGGAGGGAGGAGUGGGAGACCAUCAAGGACGCUGCGAUCAAGACGACGGGGAGGAAGGAGAGGUACGAGGUCCUCCUCGUCGCCCCGCAGCAUGAGGGCAGCUUCGUUGAUGCCGAGGCUGCAAACGAGGGCGUACAGACUUUCGUACCGCUCUGCCACCUGCGUCAAUCCACUCCAUCCCUCUCGGCGCUCUACGACCAGCUGACAUUCCACGUGCGGCACGGCGACAUCGCCUCGUUCGGCUACGCCGUCAAGGACAUCCAGCUCGAUGCAUCCGGCUGUCCCAUCCCGGACGAGACGAGGGCCAAGCAGAUUGACGACGCCGAAAAGAGGGACCGCGCCAAGCGCAAGGCCGGCCUGGUGCGCCUCCGACGCAUGGGCAAAGACGUCUCGCACCUCGAAAGGCAGGAGGAGGAGCGCCAACGCGCCGUCCAGAUGGCCUGGAGGUCCGAUGUCGUCGUCAAGCGGCCCGAGACGGUUGCGGCACCGCUGCUGCGCACGCCACCGCCGACCAAGGACGACGGGACGAUCCGGCAGCCCGAGCCGGAAAAGUCGUUUGUGCAAAAGUACUGGUACUACAUUGUGCCGAUGCUCCUCGUCAUGCUGCUGCCCGCCGACGAGAAAAAGGAGCAGCAGGACGGCCAGCAGGCCACCCAGGCCCAGUCGUUGGGCCAGGGCGCGAGGCAGAUCAAGUCCUAG